AUGCUAGCUAGCUUGUUCUCGUCGUCUUCGUCCUCAUCAGCCAGCUCCUCUUUGUCAACUCCAGAACAGGAUGAGACUAUGACCUUCUACAUGUCUAUAAAAUGGAUAGCCCCAGACGAGCCAUUCUCUGCCCCAGGUGACUCUGGAAGUCUUGUCUAUACCUUUUUCGACAAUAGUAUAGUGCCUUUAGGCAUACAUUACGGAUCUGAUGGUGAUGAGAGCCAAGCUUACCUUCUCGAUUCAUGGUUUACAGAAAUCGAGGCUAUACUCAACUGCGAUGGAUACUUUUGUGAACUAACUGAAUGCAAGCUAGGCAGUGUAACUUCCUCGGCAUCUUUUUUAACCCAACUCAACCAGGCUACUAUUAUUGUGAUGGCUAGUUAUGUCUUAAAUCUGAGCAGUCAGAAGGAAAAUAACUUUUCUGUUCAGAUUCUAUAG